AUUAUGAAUUUGCACAACAUGUUGGACGUAAAUAUUGGCAAAGGGAGUUGUUUCCUGAAAUAACUCACGACCACAAAAUGUCGGACUAUCCCGACAUCCGUAGUUGACAUUCAUAUUAAUAAAUUAUGGAAGGAUCGUUGACAUUUAACAAUUAACAUUACAUAGUUUUGAUGCAAAUAGUUGAACCUAGGUUAAUUGGACGGUUGAGGAUUUGCUAUUUCUGUUAUCAGCUAGCGUUAAGGCCUAACACCAUUGUUGUUAUAAUGUAAUUGAUCGCAUAACAUUUAAAGCUUACUAUCGGUGAUGUUAUUAUAGAAGUAUCAAUGAAAUUAUAGUUUUUGGGAUUCAAUCUUAUUCACAUUAUUUGUAUGGACUAAAACGUUGUACAAUGUAUUCAGUUUAUUACGUCCUUGUUCAAAGAAAAUUUCACGUUAUUGUUAUACUUAUGUGCAUUGGAAUACUUGGAAUUAAUUUUAUAGAUUUUCAAGAUACGCCAGUUAAACAAUACAGAAAUCCAGCGUUCAAUAGGUCAUUUAGAUUCAGGAACGUAACUCUUAAAAUUGAGGAAAUACGACAAGGCUUAGUUAAUAUUCAAGAGGCGCCAGUUAGACAAUACAAAGAUCCAGCGUUCAACUGGUCAUUCAGUUUCAGGAACGUCACUCCUAAAUUUGAGGAAAUACGACAAGGCUUGGUUAAUAUUCAAGAGACGCCAGUUAAACAAUACAGAAAUCCAGCGUUCAACUGGUCAUUCAGUUUCAGGAAUGUCAUUCCUAAAUUUGAAGAAAUACAAGACUUAGUUAAUAUAACGAUUAAAGAAGCAAACGAAACAUCUUGCACAGAACUGAACAUUGACAAUGAACUUACCAAUGAGGAAACGAAAGCGAUUAAAGCUAUUGGAUCCAAAUACGAAACAUUCCUCAAAAAGUAUGAAACCAAAAAUCGAAAGCGUCAGGUUCCAGCGGAUAUAAACAUAACGGAGAUCCUGUUUCGUUCCUCUGCUUUUCAGAGAAGAUCUGCAAGAAAAGUAUGUGCUGAUAGGGUUGACAAGAUGUGUGGACGAGUAGUUGAAAAUUUGGAAUUAAAUCCUCGCGAGAAAAUUAUAUUGCCAUUUGAAAACUUCUUUAAACCAUUUUCUGAACUAAAACACGCUCACGUAUUUUACGAUUUGCGAAACAAAUUGAAAUCUUUUCGAGAUAGAAUGGUAUAUAGUAUUGGUAUAACUUAUCAUUAUCUCCCAUCUCUUAUCAAUUGGAUAAUUGUUGCUAGGCAACUAUGCAUCCCACCUAUUGGUAGAAUACUUGUAUAUAGUCAAGAUAUUGAGGUUUGCGAGUUUCUUGAUAAUAGAAAAAUAAACGUAAGCUGUUUAUAUUAUAACAUUGAUGAACUACGCAAAAC